UUUCCCUGCCAGUUGAGGCUGUAGCUCCUGCUGAAUGUUUGGGCACAGCAUGCUCGCUAUGCCUCGCUGCCUGCGCUCUGCGGCGUUCUGGGCGUUUGUGUACUCCUACAGCCUGCUCUGCACCUGCAUUGCCCUCCUCAAACUCCUCUGCAGCAUCCUAAUGAGGCCACAGAUAACGUUCCAGAGGAUUAGCCGGGAGGUCACGCCAAGCUGUCUGAAUGAUCCUUUUCUUGGCACACACUGCUAUGUGCGGAACAAGGAUUCAGGAUUACGAUUUCACUAUGUUGCUGCUGGAGAAAGAGGGAAACCGUUGAUGCUACUAUUACAUGGGUUUCCAGAGUUCUGGUAUUCCUGGCGUCACCAGUUACGGGAAUUUAAGAGCAAGUAUCGGGUUGUGGCACUUGAUUUAAGAGGAUAUGGAGAAACGGAUGCACCUGCUAAUAAAGAUAGCUACAAGCUAGACUGCAUCAUUGUGGAUGUAAAGGAAAUUGUGGACUCAUUAGGUUACACUAAAUGUGUCCUUAUUGGUCAUGACUGGGGUGGGAUGAUUGCUUGGCUAAUUGCUAUUUGUUAUCCAGAGAUGGUUACCAAGCUGAUUGUUCUAAGCUUUCCACACCCGACUGUGUUUACAGAGUACAUUCUACGGCACCCUUCCCAAUUGAUUAAAUCUGGUUACUACUUCUUUUUCCAAAUGCCAUGGUUUCCUGAACUCAUGUACACUGUAAAUGAUUACAAGGUUCUAAAAGAUCUUUUUACGAGCAGAGAUACAGGUAUUGGAAAGCAUGGUAGUAGGUUCACUGAAGAGGACAUGGAAACAUACCUUUAUAUUUUUUCCCAGCCUGGAGCUCUAAGUGGGCCAUUAAAUCAUUAUCGGAACAUCUUCAGUUGCUUGCCAUUGAAACACCACCAGGUGACCAUGCCAACCUUACUCUUGUGGGGAGAAAAUGAUGCCUUUGUGGAAGUGGAGAUGGCUGAACUGACCAGAGUCUAUGUGAAGAAUUACUUUCAGCUAUCAGUACUGUCAUAUGCUAGCCACUGGAUCCAGCAGGACCAGCCUGAGCUGGUCAAUACAUUGAUAUGGACAUUUUUAGAAGAAGAGAGAUUUGAGAUAAAAGACUGACCCAUCAAUGCAGUCCACCGCUAUUCAGUGAAAACUGUCUAGUAGGACAGGACAUAAUAAGAAAAAAUCAAUCAAUGAUCUAACAAAAGGGCCAUACUUAGCUUGCCUCAGUGAAUAGUCACUGUACUGUAGGCACAGAUGACCUUUGGCUACUGUAUAACUACAUCUCCCAGCAUUCCUCCUCCAGAUGCUGGAAGCUUAACGUUCUCCAAUAGAAAGAGGGCUUGAGGUUAGUUGUCCUUGCAUUGCAGUGUCUAAUAGAAGAUCACUGUGUAAUUAAACAAAGCAAAUUUUCCGAAAAAGCUGUGUCAAUUGUAAAUGCCAGUUUAUAUAGUAGUAUUAUACUUUGCACAUUCACCUGCCUUAACAUUUCUGAGUUUACACUGUACAACAACAAAAAUGAUCAUGGGGUACUGGAUAUUUUAUUUAAUUUACAGCUGUAGUGAGGUGCCUUGUAAAACUCUACUGAAUACAAGGGGGUGUUAUAUUCAAACUGGGCAUAGAGGUACUUAAAUAGUUUUUCCUACUUUUAACAUCAGUAAAUAAAAUACAUAUAUUCAACUAAAGGUCGGUUCACCUGAAGCUAACUUUUAUGUAGUUUUAUAGAAUGGUCACUUUUAAGCAACUUUUCAAUUGGUCUUCAUUAUUCAUUUUUUAUAGUUUUUUUAAAUUAUUUGCCAUCUUCCUCUGACUCUUUCUAGCUUUCAAAUGGUGGUCAAUGACCCCAUCUAAAAUCAAGUACUCUGUUGGGCUACACAUUUAUUGUUAUUGAAACUCUUUAUUACUCAUAGUUUUCUUCAGGCUCUCUCUUAUUCAAAUCAGUGCAUGGUUGCUAGGGGAAUUUGGACCCUAUCAACGAGAUUGCUGAAAUUGCAAACAAGAGCGCUACUGAAUAAAAAGCUAAAUAACUCAAAAACACAAAUUAUAAAAAAUGAAAACCAGUUACAAAUUGUCUCAAAAUAUCACUCCCUACAUUAUACUAGAAGUUAUCUCAAAGUUGAACAACCCCUUUAAGUUUAUAAAUAUACCAGGGGUACUGUGACAAGGAACACCUGACUUUAUAUCUAAUAAAAAAGAGAAACAGACAAACAGAAGGAAUAAGGUAUACUGUAUAUAUAUAUGAUAUAAAAAGGAAUCAAAUAACCAGCAAAUACAUACAUAAAGCCUUUUAUACCAUAUCAAUUGAAGGACUAAAAUAAUUUACAAAUAUGUGAAGUAUCAAAUGAAACAACACGACAUAGAGAAAGUCUAUUUGAUUUAAGCCAUACCUGUUCUGUUGUUUAUUGCCUGUAAUGUAUUAUCAGACCUGAACAUAUUGAAUCAUUUCUGAUCACCCCGUGUUUUGCACCUCUUCCAUUUCAUGAAUGUGUUUAUAUAGUGUAACCCCUCCCUUAUUUAUGUUUUAUAUUAUUUUCAAAACCAGGAUCAUUUAGUAACAGAGGCAAAACGUAAAAAAUCUAUUGAAAAUUGCUGUUUUCCCCACAAUGCAUUUUCCAAUGCUGAAAAGUUCUACAAAAUUCUGCACUCUAUACUAUAUGCCUUGUCAAUGGCAAGUCUAAAGCACACGGCUACCUUGUGCCUGACAUCUUUAUUCAUAUUAAUUGGAGUAACCUAUGCACGGGAAGUAGGCACAUAAAACAUAUUGUAUAGCUAUUUAGAGUGUGUGUUUUUGUGCCUUGCAGCUUUGGUUCAUCAGUAAAUAUUAGAAAAUACCCAGGUGUUCUUUGGUCACUCUUGCUCAGAAGAGGCUUAUGGAGUGAAAUGUGUUAGGAAGGAAAAUAUUGCAGAGAUGCAAAGGCAAGUGUCCUGCCUCGUGUUAUUUGUUCCAUGUAUUUGUCUUUUUUCUUGAUAGUUUAGAUUUUUGUAUUUUUAACACCAAAUAAAUUGGCAUUACUUC